AUGACUGGUCAAACUUCAACUGCUACCAUUCGAGUGUUUAUCCCAGGUGAACGAUUCAAUGAUAUUCUUCAAUCUAUUAAAAGGAAUGUGGUGGAAGAAAAAGAUGUUUUCAAUCAAAGAACUCAGGAAGAUUCCAAAGUUUUUACAUUCAACAGUUAUCAUCACGCAUAUGACUUCGCCUGGGAAAUGCAGAAUCUUCUGUUAUAUAUGUAUGAGCGACAAUCAGCCAAAACAAUCCUUUUGAGAUGUUAUAAAGAAUUUUGCCCCUCAACUUUAGCUUUAUCUGCUGCAAGCAAAGAGAAACCAGCCAAUGUGGUAUGGAAGCACAAACACACCCACGACACUUGUACAACUUCACAUUACGAAACAUAUGAUGAAAGUAGAAUAAUAAUACUGUUUAUAGUUGAACAUUUGAAGGUGAUGAAUAACGAAAGACUCGUUGAAGAAUUUAUAUUGAGACAUCCCGAUAUACAGGUUCCCACUUUUAAUAAAACUCUUAGUCGGUUAGUGACCGUAUAUGAGCAUAUGUAUACACAGUACAUUGCACAUUCUAAUAUCGAUGAAGAUAUAGAAGAUAUCAGAGAAAAAUAUUGCAACAACCAAAUAUUUGCAUCUAAAGAUUUAUCUAUUCAUAGAUUCAAUAAGAAAAAUUCCAAACAAGCGGGUUCUUGGUGUGUUAUUGUUCAAGUUGCGACAGAGAUCAAAAAGUUUGGAACUCUUCAAGUCGGUGCUUCUUCAAUCGGUAUUGAUCAUGCUUCAAAUGAGAAAGGCAGUCUUGUCUUGGUUAGUUUUGUCUCCAGGAAUAUGAUAACGGGUGGUGCUGCCCCUAUUGUCUUCCUCAUAACGAAUGAUUACUCACUGGACAUUCUUAAAUUCUUCUUCAAUGAAGUUAAAUAUUACAAUUCAUCUUUGGUUUCCCAGAACUUUAUGAUUGAAUAUGGUAUGCUAUCAACGACAAACAUUAUCAAAGAAGUUUUGCCUCAGUCAAGAAUACAAUUGUGUAUGGAAUCCGUUUACCACGCAAUUGCUAGAAAAGUUAAAGGCCUGGGAUUAGUUAUUCCGAUCAGUGAUUUAGGACGAAUCUUUUAUGAAUUUGUAUAUGCGAAUUCAGAUGCAGAACUGGAAACUAUCUGGGCUACCAUUGAAACUACAUAUGAAACUUAUCCAGAAUUAUGGGAUUUGUUGAGCCAAUUGAAGAAAGUAAGGAGGUAUUGGAUGUCAAUGCAGUCACUGGGUUUUAUCAAUUCAUCAAAUAAUUUGGUAGCAGAAUUCGAAGGACGCUUGAAGAAGAAUAUUAUUCCCAAUAGAAGAGUGGAUUACAUAAUUAAAACACUUGCAGAGGAAGUAGAGUUGUUGAAGCAAGAAUCAAAGGAAGUAUGGCAAGGAACACGUGAACGUAUUUUAUCACUGGUAGAGAUUCAAAAUCGAAAUGAUGCUAUUACAUUAGCUAGAGAAGAAGGUUUCAUUGAGAAUAAUGUUGUCUCUCACAACAAAUCGCAAGAGUGCUUUCAUGUUACAGUUCCUAAUGAAAUUGGUUGUAUUGUUAGAUGUUCAGAAAAAGGAUUUGCGUGUUCUUGCAAACUGUCAUGCCAUUGGUGUUUGCAUAUUUUCUUCGUUGUCAUUAAGAAAGAGAGAGAAGGUAAUUGGAAGAUGCAAUUCAACGAAGGGACCUUUACACAACAAUAUACACCAACUGAAGGUUUUAAACAGAGAGAAUACAUUGACUUACCACCACUAAUGUCGAAUAACAUCGAAUAUGAUCCAAUAAAUCAUGACCCCCUUAUUGAGAAUCAUCUUGCAGUUGAUGAUGACCAUCCAUAUAUUUCUGAUGAUUCGAAUAUCCAUGGUGAAACAAUUGAAAGUUUUUCAAGUCCUGAUAUAAACCAAGAUAACCGCGAAGAAACUAACUCACAAUGUCAAAUAAACAAGCUAUUAAAUGAAUCUAAUACAUUAAAGAGAUCAAUUGAUGAAAUUAGUAAUGGUAUGCAAAAAAAUGACGUCCUCCAACAGGUUGUUCGUUGCAGAUUAGAACUCCAGAAUAUUAAUAAAAGGAUUUGUUUACCCCAAGACUUGGAGAGGCAAUGUUCCAACAAUGGCAGAAGUAUUACCCCAAGACUGGGAGAAACAAUGUUCCAAGGCUCGAAGAGACAAUCCUACAAGAGAUGGAGAAGCAGUCUUCCAAGACUUGUAAAAGCAAUCCUCCACCAGUUGGGGAAAGGAUUUUCCAGGAGUCGGAGACAAGAUCAACCAACUCUUGGGGACUAA